ACAUGAAGUAGAUUCCCACAGCUUCCAUGUAGAGUGUGGUUCAAGUGAAAAAGACUCAUUUGGAUACUUCAAAUGUCGGGCAAAAUGUGGAUAUGUUUAUAGCACUAAAGCCGCAAGAAACAGGUAUUUAUGCCAGUCAAAAGAAUACAAAUCAGCUAGUGCACAUACAGUGAAAUAUAUUGUGUUUUUUUCUUUUUUCUCUUCUUUAGACAUGAAAGACAAAAGCAUCCAAGCUUUUCUCCAUUGAUCCCCCCAAGUGCAGAGCCAGCCAAGGAGGCUACACCCCCUGAAGACUAUGUAUACAAUUACCAUAGAGGAAAAUUAGCAUAUGGACUAAUACUGUUUGAGUUUAAUGAUGCUGUCAAAGAAGGUGAUGGUGACAGACUUUUUGAUGUGUACAAGAUGGCCCUUCUUUUGUACAAAGUUGGUGGCCAUUAUAAAUAUGCUUAUGUGGUAAUGCUCUACCUGGUCAAGGUAGAGCAUUUAUAAUAAACAUGGUGGCAAAGGGAAAAACAUCUCAUUAGAUUUGAGAAUGGAACAGCUUAACAGAGGGCCACCUAUACCUCUUCACAAAAUGCUUUCACGUAAAAAUAUUUUGCCUUUUCACGAGUCACGAAAAAUUGAAAAAAUUCCUUCACGUUCACGGAAAAAUCAAAGCGAUCACGAUUCACAGAAAAUUAAAACAAAGUUCACGAAUUAUUAUAAGAUGUCUUCCUUAAUUGUAGAAUCAUUGUACUCGUCUGUACUUACCUCGACAUGCUUUCAUACCUCCAACUAUGUCGAAAACAGGCUUCUGUACAUCAAGUACUUCAAAAAACAGCAACAAACCGUAUUUAUUCCUUGGAAAGCUGAUCACACAAAAGGUCACAAAACAGAAGAUUCACGAAUCACGAAAUUUCUAUCUGCCAUUCACGGGUCACAGUUAA